AUGGCGGACUAUUCCAGAAUGCAGAAGCGGGAGAGACACGCUGAGCAACAGGAAGAUGUCAUGCAUUGUUCCCUGAGCAGACAGUGCUUUUUCCCUUGGGUGGAAAAUGGUCAUUCUGCAUCUUCAGGACAAAUACACCAGGAGGGUGACUCUGUACAAAUUGUCUGUGACACCGGCUACAGUCUUCCAAAUAAUCAGAGAGGCAUCACCUGUACAGAAAGCGGCUGGUCCCUCCUUCCUAAAUGCAGUCGUGUCCAUGUUUCCUGUGUGAAUCCACCCAGUGUGGAAAAUGCUGCUCUACAAAACCCGAAGCCUAGAUAUCAGUCUGGUGAGAGAGUACGUUAUGAAUGCCUCAAACCUUAUGACCUUUUUGGGGACGUAGAAGUGACAUGUUUAAAUGGAACUUGGACAAAACCACCUCAGUGCAAAGACUCUCAAGGAAAAUGUGGGCCUCCUCCACCUAUAGACAACGGAGACAUUACCUCGUUCCCGUUGCCAGUGUACCCUCCGGGCUCGACCGUUGAGUACCAGUGCCAAUCCUACUAUGAACUGGACGGAAACAGGAAUGUAAUAUGUAGGAAUGGAGAGUGGUCAGAACCUCCCAAAUGCUUAGAGGCAUGUGUAAUUUCAGAAGAAAUUAUGAAAACACAUAAUAUAGAAUUAAGAUGGAGACAUGAUAAAAAACUUUAUUCUAAAACCAACGAGAGUGUUGAAUUUCAGUGUAAACAUGGAUAUCGUAGAGUGACACCUGCCCAUACAUUUCGAGCAACCUGUCGGGAAGGACAAAUGGCAUAUCCUACUUGUGGAUAAAACAACAGUUAAAAUGCAGCCAUAAAACUGAAAU